CUCGCCUCAACUCGCUUCAACUCGCCCUCGGACACCGUUGCCUCCAUCUGCUCGACAUCGCUCACCUGCCGCCGUCAAGUUGACCAGGCCGAACGGCCUCCCGGCAACCAGAACCUGGCAACCGGCCUCUCCGCGUCACGAGCCGACUCGUCGCCGGUUUCUGUGAUGCCGGUCAGCGCUGCAGCGCCACGACACCGGGGCCAGACAACACGACAGGACACACAACAGGACAUACAACAGGACACACGAUGGGACACACAACAGAACACACGACAGGACACACAACAGAUCAUUCGACAGGACACACAACAGAUCACACGACAGGACAUACAACAGGACACACAACAGAUCAUACGACAGGACACACAACAGAACACACGACAGGACACAACAGAUCAUACGACAGGACACACAACAGAUAAUACGACAGAACAUACAACAGGAUACACAACAGAUCAUACGAUAGGACACACAACAGAACACAAGAUAGGACACACACAGAUCAUACAACAUGACACACAACAGGACACACAUCAGGACACACAACAGAACACACAUCAGGACACACAACAGAUCAUACGACAGGACACACAACAGAUCAUACGACAGGACAUACAACAGGACACACAACAGGACACACAACAGAACACACGACAGGACACACAACAGAACACACGAUGGGACACACAACAGAACACACGACAGGACACACAACAGAUCAUUCGACAGGACACACAACAGAUCACACGACAGGACAUACAACAGGACACACAACAGAUCAUACGACAGGACACACGACAGGACACACAACAGAUCAUACGACAGGAAACACAACAGAUAAUACGACAGAACAUACAACAGGAUACACAACAGAUCAUACGACACGACACACAACAGAACACAAGAUAG